AUGGCAGCCACAGUCGACCCAGCUACCAGGAAGCGAGUUCUGCGAGUGAUUGCAUUCUCGCUGCUCCUUGACCUGAUCUCCUUUACAUUCAUCCUUCCACUCUUUCCGCGCCUCCUCGAGUUCUACCGCGACAUCGAAGCCCCGGCUCUUCUCAAUGGCGGCCCGCCGACCCUGCUGCAACGCAUCAUCAGUGGCCUCAACAGCUACAAAGCGUCGUUCGCGCGACCGAUCGAAUCCCGCUACGACAUUGUCCUGCUCGGCGGCGCAAUGGGCUCUCUAUUCUCCCUCCUCCAGGCCUUUGCGUCGCCACUCAUUGGCCGCCUCUCCGAUCGAUACGGCCGUCGCAAGGCUCUACUUGCCUCCAUGACGGGCAACAUCAUCUCCGUGCUCCUCUGGGUCGCCGCGGUCGAUUUUCGCACCUUUAUCGCGAGUCGCGUCGUUGGGGGCCUCUCGGAGGGCAACAUUCAGCUGGCGACUGCCAUGGCCAGCGACAUUUCGGAUGAGGCGUCGCGCGGCUCGACCAUGGCCAUCAUUGGCGCAUGCUUCUCGAUCGCAUUUACCUUUGGCCCCGCGCUUGGCGCCUGGCUGAGCAACGUUCAAUCGGUCAAGGCCAACCCCUUUGCGACGGCGGCCGGCGUCAGCUUGGCGCUCAUUGUGUUGGAAACAGUCUACCUGUACUUUUGCUUGCCUGAGACGCUGCCUGCCAUUACUGGCAAGCAGGCUACUGCCAGCGACAACGCAAAGCAGAAUGGCAACGGCACCAAGUCUGCUGCUUCCAAGAAAAUUGUCGAGAGAACAAACUCCCACGUGAUCCUCAACGCUGUGCACUUUGUCUUUUUGCUCUUCUUUUCCGGUAUGGAGAGCUCCCUGUCAUUCAUGACCUACGACCUCUUUUCGUUUACCUCUGGCAGCAACGGGCGCCUACUAGGCUUUAUUGGUCUCGUGGCGUCCAUUCUGCAAGGCGGAGUGACCCGACGUCUGCCGCCGCUGACCUCUGUGCGUCUCGGCACGACGGCCUGCCUGGCGGCUUUUGUCCUGCUCGCACGCCUCAACACGACUGGCGGCCUCUACGCCGCGGCGACCUGCCUGGCCAUCACCUCGGCGACUGUGGUGACGGGUCUGAAUGCGCUCAGCAGCUUCGAGGCCAACGAGGACGAGCGCGGCAGCAAGCUGGGCAAUUUACGCAGCUGGGGUCAGCUCGGCCGCGGGCUUGGGCCUAUUCUGUUCACCAGCAUCUACUGGUGGGCUGGCCGAGAAUACGCCUACACGGUGGGCGCGACCGGUUCCGCCGUGGUAGCGGCGGCGGCGUUUGGUCUGCUGAAGACGCCCAAGGCUUCGAAAAAGACGACGACGACCAAGAGCUGA